AUGACAUAUUUAUUAUCAAAUAAAAAUAUAAUUUUUAUUAGAUUUUUUAAUCCAAUAACAAAUAAAAUAAUCAAAUUUCAUAAUUUUAAUAGUUCAAUCAUAUUUUUAUAUAAAAAAGAAAUAAGUACAUAUGAAAAAAUACAUAAGAAAAAAAUAACAUUGCCAAUAAAAACGGAAGCAUAUGAAGACUUGACUUUAAAAGAAUCUAUUAAAAGCAAAUCUAAAACUAAAAUUACCGAAAAUAUAAAUCAGCAAACAUCCAACUUAAAUGAUAGAAAUAAUUUAUUUUUUUCAGAAAAAAACUAUGAAUCACAAAAUUUGAAUGAACAAUUUAAUAAAUUCGAUAAACUUUUCAAUCAUACCGUUGGAAUCAUAAUGAAAAAUGGAAAAAAAACAAAAGCACAAAAACAACUUCAAAACGCGCUUAUAUAUAUUAAACAAAAAAUAAACGCAGAUCCAUAUUUUGUUCUUUCUAAAGCUAUUAAAACAGUUUCUCCCUUAAUGAAACUUGUGUUCAUAAAAAAAGGAACUAAAUCUAUAAAAGUGCCAGUUCCUUUAAAUGAACAUCAGCGACAUAGAAAAGCAAUAAUCUGGAUACUUGAAGCCAGUAAUAAACAACAUAUUCUGUUUUCCAAAAAAAAGAACAACUACAUAAAUUAGCAUUAAUAAAUAAAGCAAA